GAAUUGAAGCCGAAGCGCGUGAUGCAGGCAAGAUUUGACGCGACAAACGGAAGUAUGUGGUUCCUGCAUCAAGAGGUAGGACUGUAUAUCGCGACGUCUGUUGUGUAGCUGCACACAGAUCGCAUCGGCAAGUCCAAGUUCAAGUUUGUUUGUGGUGACGCGACCAGCCACCGGCGACACCGGCGUCAGCAGGCAGCCAGGAUACCAUCAUACACAAGCUCAAGCUUGGAGCAUUCAUCUCACCUGCACUCUUAGCCAGACCACUCCAACAUGAAGCUCUCAUCGGUAUUCCUUGCAGCAUCGUCUGCGUCGGCCAUAUCGGUCCCAUCGUUCGCCGACCUCUACAAUGGCCUCCAACAGCAGACGCCCUUCGCAUCUGGCGAGAAGUACCUGAUCGAACUAUCGCCAUCCGAACGUCGAUGGGUGUCCGAGGACGAGAAGUGGCAGUUGCGCCGUGAAGGCGUGCGCUUCUUCGAUGUUACAGACCACCAAGACCUGGAUGUCUCUACCUUUGCGAGCAAGAAGAAGGUCACCUUCCCAGAUAAGAUCGCCGAGAAUGAGACCGUGUCGGAACUGCUCAAGAGCUUGGAUCAGAAGAAGAUGCGCAAGCAUUUGGAAAGGUUCACAGGCUUCCACACACGAUACUACAAGAGCGACUAUGGCCGACAAUCGUCCGAGUGGCUGUUCGAUCAAGUGAACCAGACCUUGACAGAUGCUGGCGUGGGAGUCGUGCAGUUCUUCAAGCACCCGUGGGGGCAGAACAGCAUCAUCGCCACGCUUCCGGGCAAGAGCGAGAAGACUGUCGUCAUUGGUGCACACCAGGACAGCAUCAACCUGUUCCUGCCAUCUAUACUCGCAGCGCCUGGCGCAGAUGAUGAUGGCUCUGGUACUGUCACUAUUUUGGAAGCCCUCCGCGUCCUCGUUCAGGACCCUAAAAUUGCACACGGCAAGGCCGAGAACACCGUCGAGUUUCACUGGUACAGUGCCGAAGAGGGUGGUCUGCUUGGCUCGCAAGCGAUCUUCAGCUCGUACGAAAAGCAGGGUCGGGAUGUCAAGGCUAUGCUGCAGCAAGACAUGACCGGCUACACGCAUGGAACCAAGGAAGCUGGCGAGCCCGAGUCUGUUGGCGUCAUUACCGACUAUGUCGACCCUGGCCUGACUGAGUUCAUCAAGAAAGUCGUGACCGAGUACUGCACGAUUCCGUAUGUGGAGACUGCUUGCGGCUACGCGUGCUCCGAUCAUGCUAGCGCCAGCAAGGCUGGCUACCCCAGCGCCUUCGUCAUUGAGUCGGAUUUCAAGUACAGUGACAAGAAGAUUCACACCACUGAGGACAAGAUUGAGUACCUUGACUUUGAUCACAUGCUGCAACAUGCGAGAUUGACCCUUGGGCUGGCCUACGAGCUAGCCUUUGCCUCCUUCGAUUAGAUGAUGCCCAGUUAAUAAGAAUAGCGAUCGGGUGUCCUGUCUCCCGCUGUUCCGAUUAUUCUGGACAGACACAUAGUGGGUCAAGAUAACGGGGUUCUCCGCACAGCAGCGAUGAUCAACCUGGGGCGCCGAUAUUAUUGAGAGGGGCUGUAGACUCCUGCAAGGGCUGAAUGACCUGUCAAUCGUAGACAGCACGUGCUUUGCGCGUGCUCUCCGCAUUCCUCCCAUCUCACAUUCCAGCAACCUCAUGGCGGCUAGAUUCGCAUGUCGCAAUUCGAGCGUGUAAGCUGACAGAUCGUUAGAGCCAUUUUCUUGCCAAUAGCCGCGAGUCGCAUCAGUCACACGUUGAGGUUGCCUUUGGCAGCUUCGAGAUGCAACUAGAAGGCCUGUCGUGCGAGGGAUCAUCUUCGUGCGCAGUUGUUGAAGUUGCAUUGCAUUGCGUCCACCGCCUCCCCAACCACCCAUCUUCUCGUCGGUUGUCGAACGGGAGCGAAAAUCUUUCAGGCACGAUUGGAGAGAGGGUGGGGUGCUACACGGCGUGAUUUGAUCCUGCGGGUG